UAUAAAUCUUAUUCCCAAGUUUUUUUACGUUUUUUCAAAGAUAUCAAUCGCAAGGGAGGACAUUACAUCCUUCGUCGCUAGGGUUAGGGUCUGGGUUUGGGUUUGGGACGAUGGCCGAGCACCUGGCAUCCAUCUUUGGCACGAAAAAGGAUAGGGUGAACUGCCUUUUCUACUGUAAGAUCGGUGCUUGCCGCCACAGAGAUCGCUGCUCUCGAUUGCACACCCGCCCCAGCAUCAGCCCCACUCUCUUUCUCACCAACAUGUAUCAGCGUCCUGACAUGAUCACUCCAGGUUUCGAUGCCGAGGGCCGCCCAAUCGAUCCAAGGAAAAUCCAGGAGCACUUCGAGAAUUCCUAUGAAGAUCUAUUCAAAGAGCUGAGCAAAUAUGGUGAGAUUGAGAGCCUGAAUGUCUCUGACAAUCUUGCUGACCAUAUGGUUAGUAAUGUAUACGUUCAGUUCAGAGAGGAGGAGCAUGCUGCCAAUGCCCUUCGGAACCUGCAAGGAAGAUAUUAUGCAGGACGCCCUAUUAUUGUUGAUUUCUCCCCGGUCACUGAUUUUCGUGAGGCUAUUUGUCGACAAUAUGAAGAGAACAGCUGCAGUCGUGGUGGUUAUUGCAACUUCAUGCAUUUAAAAAUGAUAAGCAGUGCUUUAAGAAGGCACCUGUUCCGGAGGUAUAGGAGAAGACGUAGCUGGAGCCAUAGCCCCUAUAGGCAUGGUAGUCAUGAAGACCGCCCUCAUAGUGGUCGUGACUAUGGGAGCCAUUCUGCUGAUAGGAAUAGAUAUCAUGCGGAACAAGUUAGAAGGCAUAGAAGCCGAAGCCCAGGUCACAGACGACAUUCUAGUAGAAGCCCGGGAAGAAGGACGAACAGGAGCCCUGUGAGGGAAGGCAGUGCUGAGAGGAGAGCCAAAAUUGCUCAGUGGAACAGGGAGAGGGAACAGCUGGGCAAUGGUAUCAAGGAUAAUGCUUGGGAUAACAACAAUGGCAUCAGUGGUUAUUCUCCGGAUGGUAGGAAUGUAUCAUGAUCAUUCCCGCAGGAUCAUGGAGAGCACAAGUAAUCAUGCAUGUGAUCUAAGUGGUGGUGUGCAGGUUCAAUGUCCUGUGCGGUGGAUGUAAAAUCAUUUUUUUACUUAUAGCGUGCAUUUUUUUUUCUCCGCAUGUGUGCAUGCUUGUGCAUGUUCCCCAUGUAAUAGGUUAACUUUUCGUAGGAUUUGAUCGAUGAACUAUUUGCUUAACAGAAUAGGUAUUUAUUAUCUGAAAACACAUAAAUUACUAGCAUUAUUGGGAAAAUAUUGGUGGAUAUAAAACCAUGAAACACAAACUGUUCACCUAGAAUGAAGGUUUUGGGUUGAUGGACAGGUUUUUAGAAUGACUAAAUU